AUGAGUACUGAAAUUGCAAACCUCAGGAAGCUAGUGGAGGAAGUAAAAGAUCAGGCAAAACAACAACAAGCCAUCGAUCCCACAGCAGCUUCCAUAAAUGAGGAAGUGCUGAACAGGAAAAUUAAUCCCCUUCAGGAAAAAAUAGAAAUAAUGUGCUCGGAGCUUAGGACGUUAAGGGAACACCGGAAUAGAUCUUCGGAUCACACGGCCGUCAACCUGGCGACGGAAAAGGGAAUAGCCACCAAGCCUGAAGGCAAACCGAAGCCUUCUGAAACGCCAGAGUGGCGGCCACUCCACCAUCUCCAAAACCCAACCAUACGCUUA